AUGACGGCUACUGGGGAAGUACAUGCCAAAACAAAUGUUCUAGCGAAUGCAAAAACGGACAUUGUGAUGAAGAAAGUUCUUCAUGCCGAUGCAGUCCGAACUAUAAAGGUGAGACAUGUGACCAGUGUGCAAAUGGAUGGUUUGGACAGACCUGUCAAUAUGAAUGUUCUAGGGAUUGUAAAAACGGAUAUUGUGAUAAGGAAAGUGCUGUAUGCCGAUGCAGUCCGAACUAUAAAGGUGAAACCUGUGACCAGUGUUCAAAUGGGCGGUUUGGAAAGACCUGUCAAUAUUUGUGUUCUAGAGCUUGUAAAAACGGACAUUGUGAUGAGGAAAGUGGUUUUUGCCGAUGCAGUCCGAACUUUAAAGGUGAAACCUGUGACCAGUGUUCGAAUGGACGAUUUGGUGAGAAAUGUGAGCACAAUUGCUCACUUGGCUGUGAAUUUGGUAAUUGCACGAGGGACACAGGCUCUUGUCCUUGUAAGUCUGAAUGGAGCGGUCAAAGUUGCGAAACAAGUAUGUAUGACUACUUUGGUGACUAUUGUAAAUAUAGAAACUGAAACAAACGUGGAACAGCACACUCAGUCAAUUGCGGCUCUAUUAGGAGGAGUUUGCGGAGGCGUUGUAAUUCUUGUUGGCAUUGUGGUUAUUGGACAUUUUUUGCUUCGAAGAAGAAGAGACAAUUUCUACGAAAACAAGAGCAAGCUAACAGAAAGAGAACCUGAGAACUUUUUCGCGUUGUACGCAACGGUGAUCGAAGAUGAAGGUCCAAUGGCUGAGCAGCUGGGUGAUUUUGGUCAAUUCUGGAGAAUGGUCUGGCAGCAGAAAGUGGAGAAAAUUGUCAUGAUGACCAACUUGGUAGAGGGUGAGAAAACCAAUUGUGAGCAAUAUUGGCCUGAUAGUGGAGAAAAGAAAGUAUACGGCGAUAUAGAAGUGGUGUGCAGGGUUGAAAAAGUGUACGCAGAUUUUAUUUGGAGACAGUUUACGUUUUCCCAGGAUGAACAGAAUUCCGAAGAAAGAAAUCUGCAUCACUUUCAGUUCACAGCUUGGUCAAACAAGGACACUCCUGAUGACGUCACAUCAAUUAUAGAGUUUAGACAAAAAGUGAACGCCUUGUCGACUACCUUUGACGAACCAGUGAUAGUUCAUUGCAGUGCUGGUGUAGGCAGAACCGGAACCUACAUAGCUCUGGACAUUCUGACUAACGAGGGUGAGGCAGAAGGAGCUAUAGAUAUCCCGGGAUGUGUUCUCAACAUGAGACAGAACAGGCCCAGCAUGAUUCAGACUUUGAGUCAAUACAAGUACCUACACCAGGCAUUGGUCCAUUCAUUGACUGUUGAUUGCUCGUUGAUAAAAAAAGAACACUUCCAUGCAUAUAUGACUAUGAUGUCGAGCAAACGGGCGAUACAGAGGCAGUUUGAGAAAAUGCAGUUGAAUCAGAAGCAAAAGACUGAUGGGGAGGUUACGGAAAAGAAUUGGCUUCUGACAAAUAAUAACAGAAACCACGCAGCUAUACCAGGUGAUUCCAACAGACCGCGUCUUUAUCUGUUUUUGAAACCAGGCGAAUCUGAUUACAUUAAUGCGAUAUACAUCGACAGUUUCAAAACAAAAAACCGCUUCUUGGUUGCACAAACACCUCUGCCUGACACCGUUUCCGAUUUCAUUGCACUUGCUGUUCAGGAGAACUGUUCCUGUAUUGUUAGUAUGGAGGCACAGGGGAUUGGCUUAUACGUUCCUGGUGACAAUCUAUCAAUGAAGAAAAGUGUGAUUUCCAUAUUUUCCACCAGAGAACAAAGUACACAACACUUUGUAAAAAGAAAGCUACAUUUUAAACACGACGGAAAGAACAAGUCGGAGUUGAGAAUACCACACUAUCAAUAUUUGGACUGGGAUAGAAAUCACACUUGUCCGAAGUCGGCAGAAAACUUUGUUGCCUUCAUCAAAGAGGUUGAAGACGCAUCCAAAUCAUCUCACAUGCACGGACCGAUACUGGUGCAUUGUAUGAACGGUGCUGGAAAGAGUGGCCUUUUAUGUGUUGUCUCAACAUUACUUGAAGCACUAAGUGAAGAUGAUGAAGUCAGUGUGGUCAAUGCGGUGAGGAAAGUCAGAGCUAGACGACCGCUUUCAAUUCCAAGUGUGGAACAGUUUUACUUCUGCCACGAGUGUGUUCUCUAUUCCGUGAACAGAUAAAGCUGUGUAUUACAACAUAAGUGGGGAUAUGAAGAGGAAAUGAACACCGCAGACCAAUUUGGAACACAUAGAUAUAUACAAUAUAUAUAAAGAUAUGACAACUACUUAUCCACAAUUCGCAUACAUGGUGACACUUGCAAACGUAACAUGAUUGCAUUUCUGCAUAACAGUAAUCACGUACAUAAACUUUAUUAUUUCAUCUGUCAAUGUAAAUAUUAUGUUGUAAAUAUCAUUGUAAGUAUUUGAAAACUUACUACUG